UUGCAAAAAAAAAAAAAAAAAGAAAGCCGCCUUAUUUGGGUUUUUUUUUUUUUAGCUUUAUAUUUCACCGUCAGGAUGAGUAGAGAUGUGAUAUGGUGCUGUGGCGUUACUGCGAGCUAAAAAAAAAAAAAAAAAUCCCUCCAAGCCAUCCAUCCAGCAGCGAGCCAGCAGCGGGCAGGCUGCUGUUUCCCUGAGCCUCCUCCGCCGCCAGGGCGCUGUUCCUACUGCGGUGAAGCGGCUCUGCCUUCCCUCCUCCAUGGCCGCUCACACCCGCUGCUCCGUCUGAUGCCGCCGCGCCGCCGUCCCGGAGCCUGAAGGGGGUUGGACGGAGGUCUAGGACCGAGAAGGCUGAAUUAAGUGACCAACACCAAAAAAAAAAAAAAAAAGAAGGAAGAGGAAGAAAGAGGAAAAGCCGGAGUAGAAGUGGAGCUCCGAGCGGCGCAGGGGGGGUUAAUAAUAGAGAUAAGCAGCAGCAGCUCCCGUCAUUCCCGGCGUCGGUCGGUCGGUGCGUCGGUGCUGCGGUCGGAGCCUCCCCGGGAUUGGGCGCCGGCUGGCGGGUUGAAGUGUUGGCUCUCCCCGGCUGGGGGGACAACUUUGACGGCGAGGCCCCUGGAUAGAUAAGCCCCUCCCCAGCGAGUCCCCGUCCAUCCAUCCAUCCGUCCAGACCCAGGACCCGAGGACCCGCGGAAACCGCAGUCAAACAUUUUUAAUUUAAAUUUUUUUUUUAAUUUAUUUGUAGUGUUUUUUUUCUGUUUUUUUUUUUUUUUUCUCCGUGCGUGUGUGAGUCAGCGGGGAGGGGGGGAUGACUCUGGAGUCCAUGAUGGCUUGCUGCCUGAGCGAGGAGGCGAAGGAGUCCAAGCGGAUCAAUGCGGAGAUCGACAAGCAGCUGCGCCGAGACAAGCGCGACUCCCGGCGGGAGCUGAAGCUGCUGCUGCUCGGGACGGGAGAAAGUGGAAAGAGCACCUUCAUCAAGCAGAUGAGGAUCAUCCAUGGAGCUGGCUACUCGGAUGAAGAUAAGAGAGGCUUCAUUCGGCUUGUUUACCAAAACAUCUUCACCUCCAUGCAGGCCAUGAUCCGUGCCACUGAGGCUCUCAAGAUCCCAUAUAAAUAUGAAGACAACAGGGCUAAUGCCUCGCUCGUGAAAGAGGUGGACAUUGAGAAGAUCAAUGGGUUUGACAAGCCCUACAUUGUAGCUAUUAAAACCCUGUGGUCCGACCCGGGGAUUCUGGAGGCCUACGACCGCCGCAGAGAGUACCAGCUCUCUGACUCCACUAAAUACUAUCUUUCGGAUCUGGAUCGUAUUUCAGAUUCCAACUAUCUUCCCACUCAGCAGGAUGUACUCAGGGUCCGCAUCCCCACUACAGGGAUCAUAGAGUACCCCUUCGACUUGCAGAGCAUCAUUUUCAGGAUGGUGGAUGUAGGAGGUCAGAGAUCAGAGAGGAGGAAAUGGAUUCACUGCUUCGAGAAUGUCACCUCCAUUAUGUUUCUGGUGGCGCUGAGUGAGUAUGACCAGGUCCUGGUGGAGUCGGACAAUGAGAACCGCAUGGAGGAGAGCAAGGCCCUGUUCAGGACGAUCAUCACCUACCCGUGGUUUCAAAACUCCUCCGUCAUUCUGUUCCUCAACAAGAAGGACCUCCUAGAGGAGAAGAUCUCCUACUCCCAUUUGGUCGAUUACUUUCCCGAAUUUGAUGGUCCUCAGAGGGAUGCCCAGGCGGCACGGGAAUUCAUCCUCAAAAUGUUUGUGGACUUGAACCCCGACAGCGACAAGAUCAUCUACUCUCACUUCACCUGUGCCACGGACACUGAGAACAUCCGCUUCGUGUUUGCAGCUGUCAAAGACACCAUCCUACAGCUCAAUCUCAAAGAGUACAACCUGGUGUGAAGGCUUACGUACGAUGCACAUCUCUGCCCCGGCGCACAAAUGCACACCUCUUUUGGGAAUGUGCCGUCAACUCCACAUGCAUUACACAGCACACCAGUUUGGCUUUUACACUCAAGCACACACACGCAGACACACGGUUAAAAACAGAACCAUUGCUUUUCCGAUUUUUUUUUUCUUUUUUUUUUUUCCCCUCCUCCCCCUCUUCUUUUUUCUUCUUGCAGUAAUUCACAGAUCACUCCGCCCCAUCUGUGAACUCGCUCCCUCCCCCCUUUCACCAAAACCUCUUCCUCGUCCUUCUAUCGGCAGCUUGUGUCAGCGUCUUCAGCCCUCCAAAAGCUGCUCCGUGUGUCAGACUUGGCCCUGGCUCCGGCACAUUUCUUCUGGCGCACAAACCUUUCACACGGGCUAUAUAAUGACUGGAAGGGAUUUUCGGCAUUUGUGUGAAUCCGUAUUUGGGGCAGCGCUGCUUGGCAGGGAACUGUGUUUUAGUUAGUGGGGGGGGGGGCAAAAAAAAAAAAAAAAAACGAAUUCCAAGAGCCCCAAGAGUCGGCCCCGAGCUACACGAGAUCAGAUCCUCCGUUGUCUCCUCUUCUGCCUCUGUGGGAGGAGUUGAGUUCUUCAUCUUCUGACAUCAUCCGAGGACCAGCAGUGCUGACGAAGAGAUGCCUCAGAGCGACUCGGCCAGGAUGUGAGACGGCACAUCAGAUACGAGGGGAUGGAGCUGCGGAUUCUGUCUCUGCCUCACAUCUAUGAAUGUACUCCCGGUGUGAGCAUCGCUGUUGCAAAAAAAUAAAAAAUAGAAAUGUAUAUAAUGAAGUAAAUGCGUAUGUAAACACUAAAGACAAAAAGCAAGAGGGGGGGGGGCGAAACAUAGCUAAUCAAAAUCUGUUCGUUGCAGAGAUUUUUUUAACAUGUUUUUAAUGAUAGAAAUUUGUUGCUACGUCUAAUUCUAUUUAACAGUGACUAAGUGAAGGGGUGUUAAGAAAUGAAAACAUUUAUUUAAAAAAAAAAUGCAAAUAAAAAAUAGGAAAAAAAAAAAGCAACACAAGUAUACUUUAAAGAUCUGUUUUCUUUAUCACACGCUUCCCUCCUUGACUUGUAAACCCCUGCAUCUUCGAUUUGAGACACUAACAGCAGGUAAAAAAAAAAAAAAAAAACGUAGGUGUAUUUAUUUACAUUUUUUUUGGAGGUUGGCGAUCUGAUCGGGGGAAGCAGUUAGAGAGGAAUGUCAUCUGUGUUUGUGCAGAGCGCAUCUGAAGCUCGGGUUUUGAGCUGUUCAUUAAACCAAGUAAAACCCAGCAUGCACACCUGCCGAGGUUAAAGGAGCGCACGUUCGCAUCUCUGACAUCGUACCGGCGCCACUCAGCCGUCCAAUCAGACGCGCGUCUUUUAUCAGGAUGUGCUUCGGUUUAAUUCCACUUUAUUUUUUCUUUUCUGUUUUUUUUUUUUUUCCGUAUAUAUUCACUUUAUCAAAAAAUAAUGGGGGGGGGGGUUAAUGAAGCUUUUACAGGAAACACUUUAAAGCCUGAAAAUGUUUGUGUAUAUUUGUAAAUACAUAUACACAAAACACUUCUGUACAAAAACACUCUGUGGUACACCUUUUUUUUGUUUCUUUUUUGGCAAAAAAGAAAAAACAACCCCAUUACAAUAGUAUUUUUCUUUGAAUAUAUGGUAGUAUUAAUACUGUGAUUAUGGAUUUUGUUGACUUGAUUAAUAGGAUUACUCGGAGCUGAGUUGUCGUGGAGACGGAAACGGUCGCAGGCUCUUCGUCAAGCAGCCUGAGAACUUCACACUGCUGCACCAGCUCUGAACAGAGUAAAACUAAGACGGCUUAAAGAAAAAAAAAACUUCACAGAAUGGUGACACUAUGAUUUUAAGAGUAAUUACAGAUUUUCUUUUCUUUUCUUUUUUUUUUUGUAUUUAUAUAAUUUAUGGACCAGGUUUGGAGGUGAUAAAUUUGACUGCUUGUGAUUCUGUCAUGUUGAAGGGCUCCUUUUCUCAUGGCAGAGACUACUUGAGUCUGAACUGCUGUAAAGAAAAAAGAAAAAAAAAAGAAGAAAAAAAUGAAAACAAAAAAGAAAAUAAUGAAUGUCUGGUUAUAAUAAGGUAUUAUCUCUGCUUUCUAUUUCUUGGUGACAUUUCUAGUUGUAAUUACCAUCACAUCUCCACUCAUGAUGAUACUGUUCUGUUUCUUUGAGAGCCCUCACAAUUUUUUUAACACGUUAUUUCCUCUUGGGUUGUAGAUGCAGCGCUGUAAUACGUACCUAGAAGAAAAAUGUAUAAUACAAACAUAAGUGGGUUUUUUUCUUUGUUUUUUUUUUUUUUUUUUUUCACCCUCUGCAUUAUUUUCCAGUUUCUGGAUGCUUACUUUGAAUAGUACCAGUGAAGUGCAGAUAAUUUUUUUUUUUUCUCAGUUGACCUACGCAUCAUCCUCAUUAAGGGCUAUCACGGUCUAUCAGACAGCAGGGAGUGGAGCGGAGCGCAGGACCAGGGCGAACCAAGUCAUUCACGGCUAAUAGUUGUUCAUAAAUGGAGAUUAUUCGCAGUCUGCGCUUAUUAAGAAGUUUAAGCAGAGUGUUAAUGAAAAUGCAAGUGGUGUAUGUAUAUAUUUAGUGUGUGUGUGUGUGUGUGUGUGCGUGUGUGUAUAGAGAGAGAGAGAGAAGGAAGGAAGGGAAGAGAGUUUUCCAACACUAGGCAGGCUUCUUGAAGUAUUUCUUUAGGUCCUUUGGCCCCUCUCUGCCCUUCACUACAGUUUGUUUGCAUUGGUAUCACAGUGUUGCUUGUAAGACUUCAAGCAGUAUAAAGCUUUUCUGUAAAGACACUACUACCACGACGAGUAUUGCAUGCCCCCCCCCACCCCAAAGUAUUUGAGUUGGAGCUGAUGGCUAAGUAGUUUAUCUUUGCACCUGCAUUCAUUUCUACUUAGGAAGGCAACCAGAAAGAGGAUUUUAAAGAACCAAGAGCUAUUACAUUUUUGACGAGCAGGGGCGAAUUUGAUCCAUCUUUUUUUUCUUUGAAAUCCUUUACAUUUGUUUUUCUUCAUUCCGUAUAUGAAUUUGUUUUUUGAAGAAGCAAAAUUGAAAUAGUGCUUUAACAGUUAGGAUUCAUGUGAAAGUGUUUCAAACUUAAUGGUGUUAGAAUACAUUAUACAUAAAAACGCCACUUAACUGCCAUCUCAUCUGUCGAAACUGACACUAACCUCCUGCCGAAGAGGCCAACUGUUGGAGAAUAAUGUAAAGAGGAUCAGGGUGCCAGUAUUGAAGCGACGUGAUAAACGAGGCAGCAUACCCAAGUAUUUAUCAGUAGUUAAUAUUUACUGUGUGUUGAGUGCAGCUCACUUUUAUGGUUUCAACCCACGUAUUUGUUAACUCUACCAGUCUGGCACUAUUAAAGGGCCGUGUAGGUGUUCCAUAGUGCACAGCCCACUGUCUCGGUAUGUUUUUGGCACAUGUCUUAUCAAGUGCAGCCUGUAAGAAAGAUAAAUCUCUUCAAUCUUUUCGGUUUUGAAGCAUUAAGUGAGAAGAUUGGGUUGGUUUUUCAUGACAUUACUUAUUUAUUGCCUUUAGCUGACUUGAAUAACAGAAUAUGCUGAUGCCGGCGCUCUACAGCUUAUACAGCUGCAGCUCUUUGACUCUUGGAUGGCCAGGUUUGUUUUAGAUCCCUUCCUGUGAGCUUGCUGUUGAAAUAAGAGGACGUUUUCUUGUGAACAUCAGUAUGGAGUUGGUGCACACUCAGCAUAGAGCUUGUUCCCUUUUUUUGUGAUUCUUGAUUUCUUUUCUUUUGUCUAUAAUAAGACAUUACCAGAACACUAUAUAUUAGGACCACUUGAUUAUUUUUAUUUUUUUCCUCAGUUCAAUGACAGCUGAAGGUCAAUUGUGUAGUGCUGUGUAUAAAAAAUGCUGUUUUUUUUGGUUUGUUUUUUUUAAUUAAUAUUAUUUUGUAUGUAAACCAAAAUGUAAAUGAUGUAUUAUACUGAGUGUGCCAACCCCACUCUCUCUAGAGCAAGGCUCUCUCUAAGUGCCAACGCUGUGGUCAUUAUCAGAAGGGCCACCACAUGAGGUGGCCCCCUUUCUAAAACACCAGAGACUAAAAGUAUAGAGAUGAUUAAGAACACAAAGACUUUAUUCUGUAUUUAAGAUUGAAGAUUUAAAAGAUAAUCUGAUAUUGUUUUGUUUUUCUUUUCUUUCUUUUUUUUAAGAAACUGUAAUUAUUACUGCAUGUGCUGUUUAUUUUGUGCUGGAAGUGAGGGCUUGGAUGUUUUCAUUGAAGAGCCCUUUUAAUGAAGGGGGGUUCAAUCAAUUAUCGAUUUAUUGAUUUUACGUAACUAUUGCCAUAUUUUUAUGUGUUUCAUGUAUUUGUUUCAGCCACUGUUGCCUGAUCCUCAUUCAAACAUGAACAUGACUUAUAAUCAUUGCCGCCUUCUAAGAGAGAAACAUAAUGACAAGGUAUCUGUUUUAAAUCGAAAUAAAUUUGUUCCUAUACUUGC